GAAACAACACCUAACUAGUUCGUGUUCGUGGUUGUCGUUCUUGUACAAAACCAGGGGAUGGUUGCAAUGUCUAUUUCAGCAUCGUUCCUGAAGGGUGGUUCAUCUCAGUCUGUCGUGUUCUUCCUUGGCCUCUACAUGAUGGCCAUAGGAGCUGGUGGCAUCAAGCCGUGUGUCUCAUCUUUCGGCGCCGACCAGUUCGAUGACAGCAGCCCCGCUGAGAGGUUGAAGAAGUAUUCCUUCUUUAACUGGUUCUUCUUCGCGACCUACAUCGGCAGCUUCGUCUCGGGCACCGCAGUUGUGUGGGUGCAAGAUCACUACGGAUGGGCAGUUGGCCUCUGGCUCCCAACUCUGUUCAUUGCGUUGGCCAUUGCAAGCUUCUUGCUGGGAUCAAGUAAAUACAGGGUGCAAAAGCCUAUGGGGAGUCCAAUUGUAAGAGUUUUUCAGGUUAUAGUUGCAGCUAUCCAGAAAUGGAAUGCAGUUUUGCCGUAUGACGAUUCUCUUCUUCACGAACUCCCCGAGAAGACACCAAUGGCGGCGGAUAUCCAUAAAUUACAGCACACGCCUGUUCUCAGAUUCCUUGACAAGGCUGCAGUGAUCUCAUCAACUGAAGACCCGUCUGACUCUGAUCCGUGGCGGCUCUGCACCGUGACGCAAGUAGAAGAGCUGAAGGUGAUCAUCGGGAUGCUCCCCAUCUGGACCACCGGGAUCGUGUUCUUCGCGGUCCUCGCGCAGUUCUCCUCCACGUUCCUGGAGCAAGGGAGGUCGAUGAACAAGCUUGUCGGCGCGUUCGCCGUCCCGCCGGCGUCCCUGGCGUCGUUUGACGCCGUCAGCGUCCUCAUCUGGGUGCCUGUCUACGACCGGGUCCUCGUCCCAGCAGCCAGGCGGCUCACCGGAAGUGCUCGGGGCAUCUCGGAGCUGCAGCGCUAUGGCGCCGGCCUGCUCCUGUCGGUCCUGGUGAUGGUGGCCGCAGCGCUGGUCGAGACGCAGCGCCUGGCCCUGGCGAGCGCGCACGGCGAGGGCCAGUCGUCGAUGAGCAUCCUGUGGCAGGUCCCGCAGUACUUCCUGGUGGGCGCCAGCGUCGUGUUCACGUGCGUCGGGCAGACGGAGUUCUUCUACAACGAGGCGCCGCCGUCCAUGCGGAGCCUGUGCUCGGCGCUGGCGCUGCUGACGGUGGCGCUCGGGAGCUACGUGAGCUCGCUCGUGGUGACCGCGGUGGCGUGGCUCACGACGAGGGGCGGCGGGCCCGGGUGGAUACCCGAUGACCUCAACGACGGCCAUCUCGAGCGCUUCUUUUGGCUCCUCGCGGCGAUGAGCACGCUCAACCUGGCGGUUUUCGUGUACUGCGCUACGCAGUACAAGCGCAAGACUGUUUCCUGAAUUUUUCUGGAUUGCAACUUUGCAAGCCUACGUAGUCCGUAUUUUGUGACCUCGAAUUGAUGUUAAUAAUUUUGUGGUGGCCAUGAGGCCACGGCACUGUAAUAUUCAAUAAGACGGCUUAGUUAGAUGUAUUCUGCAGAGUGAAGAACGGUGUGGUUAGCAUGAAACAACUAAAAGUUAUGAUCCAAUGAUAGUUAAAG